UAUGUAAUCUAACGAAAUUCUUGCAGUCUAAUCAAGUAUUUUGUUUAUCAUAACUUAGACUUUCUAUAACCUUAUUGCAUGUUACCCUAAAUAUAACAAACUGAAUUGCCUUUUGAAGAUGUCCACGAAUAACUAUAAAUAAGUAAAUUAUAAUACUAAUUAUAUAGUUGAGAGCGUUGAAACAUUCAAUUUUGAUGAAGUUGAUGUUCAGAACGAUUAUUAUAAUCCAAUUUAAAAAUUACCUUUAAAGAAGCCAAGAAAAAGAAGAAGAAGACAAGCUGUUCAUGAUAAAAGAAGAAAAAGACCUAUAUCAAAAAAAAUUGUAAUUACAUUUUUUAUUAACUUUAAUUAGAAUAGAAAGCAUCAUGCUAUCCCAUUCAAUUAUUAAGAAGAUAGACAGAUUCUUCUAUCAGUCUUAGAAGUGGGUCCGAAGUUCUAUAAAAUUGCCAAAAAUUUUCCAGGAAGGACUUUGAGUAUGGUGAAGAAUAGAUAUUAUAAGACUUUGCGCUUUUAAUGGGAUGUCAUAUUGGGACAGUAAUACAUUAUAUUAAGAUUUAUAGGGAAUAUGGAUACAUGAAUGCUUAGGUAACUGAAAUUUAAAAUUAACAAAAUAUAGAGUAUUUUGAUGAUGUUUAUGAUAAUGAUUUCUAUUCAUAAUUUUUAUUUUGA